AUGAACGACAUCCCCCUCCAGCCGGCAAGCACUGAUCCCCGCGAUCUCGCCGGCCUCGAAUCCAGCCCCUCCCUGCUCUUCACCUCCUUCACCUCAACAACAGCCUGGACACUCGGUCUCGCGCUCCGCGAUCGCAUCCUAUCUCUCCCCUCCGCGCAGCGCAAACCAGCCCUAAUUUCCAUAACGCUGGCGGGCGGGCUCGAGCCACACGUCGUCUUCCAGUGUGCAACAGAACCAGGCACCGUGGCGGACAAUGACAACUGGGUGCGGCGGAAGCGGAACACGGUGCUGCGUUGGGGCGUGUCGAGCUGGCUGAUGAGGCAGAAGAUGAUUGCUGGGCGGGAUGGUAAUGCGGAUGGCGUCGAGGAGGCGUUUGUGGGGAAAUAUGCGCUUGUGAGCUCGAGUGGUGGGAAGACGGCGGAUGAGUAUGCGAUUCAUGGUGGCGCAUUUCCGAUUAGGGUGAAGGGGGUGGACGGUGUUGUGGGUGUUAUCGUUGUCAGUGGGUUGAAGCAAGAGGAUGAUCAUCAGGUCAUUGUUGAGGUUGUGAGAGAUUUUAUUGGGAUGGGAAAUUAG